CCUCCGCUCACAAACCCAGAGCACGUAGCAACAACUGAGCCAAUGUGCACCACGGCGAUCCGUCCUACCGACUGCGGUGCCUGGCAACAGAAAAAGACGUGAUGACGUCCUCUCCAGAUUGCGUAUUAUGGGAUGUGCGGAAUUAAAACAACCCGAAGAGGACACGGGGAAAGCCAAAAAUAAUAAAAGAGACAGAAAUAAGCGGGGGUGCAUGCUGAAUCAUGGAGCUCUCGGCUGUUGGUGAGAGCGUCUUCGCAGCAGAGUCCAUCAUUAAACGGCGAAUCAGACGGGGUCGCUGGGAAUAUCUCGUGAAAUGGAAGGGCUGGUCUCAGAAGUACAGCACCUGGGAGCCAGAGGAAAACAUUCUGGACGCACGACUCUUCGCUGCCUUCGAUGAGAGGGAGCGCGAAAGGGAGCUGUUCGGGCCGAAGAAGAGAGGACCCAAACCCGAGACUUUCCUCUUAAAGGCCAAGGCCAAAGCCAAAGAAAAGGCGUAUGAGUUCAGAGGAGAGGCCUCAAGAGGGAUCCAGGUUGCCUAUCCCAUCCCGGAGCCUGUCAUAACACCGAGGGCCCGGGAGGGUUUACGCGCCGUGGUUCCUACAAUCUUCCCACCGAGCGCGGUAAACAGAGGGGAGAGUGUGUACGUGCGGCUCCCGGAGCCGGAGACGAGGCCCAAACCGGCUCCUGCUGCUUCCCUGUUAGUCCAGGAACCCGGACGGGCCCCAAAAAAGAGAGGACGUAAACCGAAACCGCAUUUGGAAUACGAUGAGGAUGAUGAUGAAGAAGACGGGUCAGGGGAGCCGGAUGUCAAAUUGAGCAGGCCUCUGGAGGAGCCGGGGUCUCGUGGCUUCUCCAAACUUUCCCGCCGAUUACACCAUCCUCAUCAUCAUCAUCAUCAUCACCAAGGGGAGACGUCAGAUCACAGCCUAAUGCAGCUGACCAAGAGGUUUCAGGAGAAGACAACAAUAACACCCAAAUCCAGCAGCGAGCAGAGGCACGCGGGACUGUCGUACAGCUGCGCGUACAGGCCAGAUGUGCGCACGAGCCAGCAGAGGGUACACAGGACUAGUUGUUUUGUCCCUCCUCCGAAAAAGCCGAAUCACUCCUCUUCAGAACAGCAGAGACACCACCAGGUGAGGGAGUUAUGUCCGCCCCGGGAACAGCCUGACGUCUCCAGCAGCCACGACCCGUCCACGCGCCCAGCCUCGUCCUGGACCCCCAGUUUCAGCAGCUUGGACAGUGUGACGGUGACAGACGUGACCAUGAACUUCCUGACAGUGACGGUGAGGGAGAGCAGCACGGACAAAGGCUUCUUCAGGGGGAAGAGAUGAGCAACAUAUCUGUUAAUCAAGAAACUAACAAACAAGUCUGUAACACUUUAUUUUUUCUAUGUGACUGUCAAACAUGUACAUACAGAUAUAUAAGACGCUGCUGAGAAUAUUAAACAUGAAAUUAUGAGUUUAACGUCUGUUUGUCGCUGUUUACGUCACUUCUGUUUUAUGAUUAUAAAUCCAUAAAAGGAUGUUUUUUCUCUGUCUUAUACAACUUCAUCAUAAACAUGCUUGUCGUUUUUUGUGGUUGCCAGUCUUUUAAGUGCGCUACAAAUUAUGACACUGCUCCACUUUGUAAAGUUUGUCACUUUGUAAUCUUGUCCAAAGUCAUGUUUUUCAUCUUUCUAUAAAAGAGCCACAGAAGAUUCUAGAGCUUUUGGCAUGGAGGUGAAAACGUGCCAAAACUGAAGUUUAUGAUUUUAAAAUUAGUCUGCUGUAUACUGCAGGAUCAUGCCAUAGAAUCAAUCCAUUGUGGGAAAAUGUACUCCAACUCCAUCUUUAAAGAAUUUAAAUAAAUGCUCCAUGCGUAAAAGAA